AUGUUUAGGGUUAGGAUGAAGCUGAUGGAGACGGUGGUGUUAAUAGUGGCUGCGAUGAUGAUGGUCGUCAUCAGUGCCCUCCUCCUAUUCAUGGCUGUAAUGGUUAAGGGCGAUGAUGGUGUCGCACCGCCUCGUGUGUAUGAAAAAGAGAAGAAGCCAACUUUGUGUCUGGCGAGGCAGCAAUUUGUCUCGUUCCCCUUUGCCUGCGCGACACAUGCAUUGCAUAUUGCGGCCUGCUUUUGUAUGCUUUUCCGUGUGAUGGGCCCGAGAUGGCAAGGUCCGAUUUGGAAGGAACAGUCACAGCAGAGAUCUCGCAGCUGUGCCGAUUCUGACGCCGCCCCACCCUCCUACCCCCACCUCGCCGUGCCUCAUGUCCGGGGGGAUCAAGUCUAA